GCCUCCAAUAACAACACUCGGAGCAAGAGCUCGGGAUAUUUGUUGCUGCGCCGCCACCGCCCGAGUCAUGGUGUGGUGUCUUCUCGGGCUCUCUUAGCAGCAGCAGCCGCCGUCGCCGCCACCGCCACCUUGUGAUCACUGGCUUCACUUUCUCCUCUUCUUCCUGCUGAGCCACUUGCCUCCCUGAACUAUGACCGUCGUCUCCGUCCCGCAGCGAGAGCCGCUUAUCUUGGGCGGCCGCCUUGCACCGCUGGGCUUUUCCACUCGCGGUUACUUUGGGGCCCUGCCGCUGGUGACCACGGCCCCGCCGCCUUUACCCCGGAUCCCAGACCCCCGGGCACUGCCUCCAACCCUCUUUCUCCCUCAUUUUCUCGGGGGGGAUGGUCCCUGUCUGACUCCUCAGCCUCGCGCUACAGCUGCUCUGACCAACUGCAGCCUUGCCACGGCGGGGGGCACUCCUCGGGCAGCACCAAAGAAGCGGCGAAAGAAGAAGGUGCGGGCCAGCCCAGCGGGGCAGCUUCCUAGCCGCUUCCACCAGUACCAGCAGCACCGGCCGAGUCUGGAUGGCGGGCGGAGCCCUGCGACCGGCCCCAGCGGAGCGCACGAGGUCCCGGGUCCAGCCGCCGUCUCGGCCCCGGCUCCUGCGGCUGCAACCCGAACUGAGGAAAUGAGUCCUAUCCUUGGCCCGCUGCCGCCCGCGGCUCCCGGCCAACCGUCACUCAGGAAAGAGGUUUUAAAAUCAAAGAUGGGAAAAUCGGAGAAAAUUGCCAUUCCCCAUGGCCAGCUUGUUCAUGGUAUACGCUUGUAUGAGCAACCAAAGAUGAACAGACAGAAAAGCAAAUAUAACUUGCCACUAACCAAGAUCACCUCUGCAAAAAGGAAUGAAAGUAACUUUUGGCAGAAUUCUGUUGCAUCUGAUAUAACUCAGAAACAAGAAAAAAAGCCUUUUAAAAAUACUGAGAACAUUAAAAAUAUGCAUUUGAAGAAAUCAGCGUUUCUAACUGAAGUGAGCCAAAAGGAAAAUUAUGCUGGAGCAAAGUUUAGUGAUCCACCUUCACCUAGUGUUCUUCCAAAGCCUCCUAGUCACUGGAUGGGAAGCACUGUUGAAAAUUCCAACCAAAAUAGGGAGCUGAUGGCAGUACACUUAAAAACUCUCCUAAAAGUUCAAACUUAAGAGUUCAAAUUUGAGUAUGUAUGUAAAACACCAUUUUCCCAAAAUCUCUGGAUGCUUUAAAGGAAAUUGGUACAAAAAUGGAAAUUUACCAAGUGCAAAAGAUGAGUUUAAAAAAUUACAUACAGCUUGUAUUAUAUUUUAUAUUUUGUAAAUACUGUAUACGAUGUAUUAUGUGUAUAUUGUUCAUACUUGAGAGGUACAUUAUAGUUUUGUUAUGAAAGUAUGUAUUUUGCCCUGCCCAAAUGGGUAGAUGUUUUGUAUAUAUAAAAUGGAGAAAUUUUAAGUGUGUGCUAAGGCACAUGGAAGACCAAUUUAUUUGCACAAGGUACUGAGAUUUUUUUCAAGAAACUAUUAUCUCAAGGUGAGGAUCUAAAUGUGAACAAUUUACUAAUGCACUACUGAAAUUUUAAAUCUGUGGCACAAUCAUUGUAAACAUGGGGUUUGUCUGUUUCUCUAAAUUGAUUUUCUGCAUUCUAAUCUGUUAUUACUGGAAAACUCCUGUUCCCAUUUUUACCAAACUUUUAUUUUUUUUUAAUUUAUCCAUUAUUCCAAUUUAAGAUAACUCUUUAAUGCCAACAAAAUCGGUUGUAAUCAAAUUUUAAAAUAAUAAUAAUUUGGCCCCCCCUUUUAAA